AGCUUAUAAAUAUUUUUAAACAAAAUCACAUGAAGGACUAUCAAGGCCUAUCAGCUGGAUCCCCAAUAACAAAAAAGAUCGGUUCCCUGAAUUGAAAAAAGACUGUCUGGAUCACCCAAAGGUUUACAAAUUGGAAAAUACCAAAUCCAAAAACGUGUAUCUGAAACAAAAAUUCAAAACUUAGCAAAGAUUCUUUACUGGAAAUUUUGAAAUAAAAUUGUUACAAGGAAGUUUACAAAGGAGGCUCAAACUUUCGUUCACAAAUCGGGAAAUUCCGAGACCAUAAAACCUACAAGCAUUUUUUAUUGAUAUUUUGACAACAAUUUCCGCUGUAAAAGAUCCUAAAGAAGGCCUAAGCUCCGAUUAUUUAAAUAUUUUCAACUUACUAAAUCAUCUUGGAAAAAAGUUUCUUUCUUAAUGCCACAAUCCUGCUAAGAAAUCCCCAAAAAUCCAACCAUGUCCACCAAGCACAACUAUACCAAUCCGGCUUUUUGCCAGAACAGUGAAUUUUAUCCAGUACCCUCAGCGGCCGCUGCUGCCAAUAAGGAAAAUGUAGAAUCCAUUUACAAUCGUAGCUUACAGAUAAAUUUCAAUGGAAAUGCGACACGCUAUGAUGCACGCGAUAGUGCGGGACCCUUGCGUAUUCAGCGAAGCAUGUCAACAAGAUCGGUGGCCAUAAAGAAAACAAAAACGGAAUCGGCAACACCAACCAUACACCAGCAAUUGCAUCGGCAACAACAGCAACAUUAUGAAAGACAACAACAACAGCAGCAACAACCACCACCACCGCCACUAUACCAACAACAACAACAACUUUACCAAUUGCAACAACAAACAUUGCGUCCGGCCAACUUAAAUCGUACAGCUGAACCCUUCGAAAUGCGUUCAGGUUCAGGGCGUUAUGCUUUGGUGCCCGUCGAAGAAUUAUCCACAGACAUGAAUAAUCGUUAUGCCAUAGUUCCAGGGCCAGCAGCCGAAUUACAAGGCAUGAACAACUCUACCAACAACAACAACACGAAUGGCAACCAUCAGCCCUCACCCUUGGUUACCACUCGACGUUAUGCCAAAUCUCAAGAUGAUUUAGAUCGUUAUAGCUCACAGAUACAACUGGAUCAAGAUGAGCCCCACUCCUUUCAUGAAGAUCCCACAGGGGGUGGUGGUGGUGGUGGGGGUUCAGGACCCUAUGCCAGUCUGCCACCCGUUUUGGAGGCCGGGAAAUUACAUCCAAAGCGGCGUAUUUCUUUACAAAAUCGCCAAAGCUCUCAACAAAAUCUCCAGGCCCCCAAAAUCAAACAUGCCUUCUCCAGUGAUUUUGGCAGCAAGACAUUUCUGAUUGUGGACAAAAAUUCCAAUCAACGCUAUCAAAUGGUGCCCACGGCGGAGGAUGAGGAACUGGUGGAUGAUAAUCAGGAAAUCAUACAAAUGCACAAUGGUAAGGCGCAUCGUUAUGCGGUUAUACCGGCCGAGGAUGAUGAUGACUAUGAGGAUAACAAUGAAGAAGAAACCUGUCUCAGUAAUCCCGAUUUGAAUCACAGCCAAAAUUUCCUGCCUCUUGGCUAUGAGACAACCCGUACCCCCAUGCGGACCUCAACGCCACAGAAGGGCAUGUCCAUGGGUAAUUUGGCCUCAUAUCCCAGUACUCCGCUAAAAAAUCCCCAAGCCACAAAAAUGUUGCAUGAAUUACUAUCAACACCCAGAAAAACUCCCGGUCAAAAUAGUCGCCCCAAUACACCACGGAAUAUGUAUGCAUCCCAAAGAGAACUGAGAAUACAAUAUGCCCAGCAGGGACAACAAAUUAAUUUUUCCGCCUCGAAUCACUCACAAAUUCAGGCGCCACCAUUACUGCCUAGGAAAAAUUCUCAUCUCUCGCCGCAACGUUUACAUUAUGAGACCGUAAAACCGGUGGUUACACCUCCACAUCAAAAUGAUCGGACCAUGGCUGUGAUACAACCUCGAGUGGCUGGAACGGCAUAUCCCCAAAUUGAGGAGGAGGAUUGCAGCAGUAUACAAGGCAAGGCCGGCAACAAUCAAUCAUAUCCCCAGAAAAUCGUCAGUGCCACCAUAACAUUGGCCAUUGUUUCGUUGAUGUUGGUCCUGGGAAGUUCCAUGAAUUCGGCCCUCAUUGUCUACAUGAUAGCCCAUUUGGGCCGCUCAUUUUACCUACAAUUCAGUUUGGUGGCUGCCAUUAGCGGUGUGGGAUUGGGUUUCCUUGGCUUCCGUUCCAGACACUGUGAAUGGCUGCCAAAUCGUAGCUAUACCUCCGGCUAUAUUUUGGUUACCGUAUUUUGUCUGCUGAAAUGUUGUUGCCUUUUGGUUAUCCUGGUAUUGGAUCCAUAUCCAGGGUUACCCUUACAUGAUGUCACCACAGGAAUUAUUUUGGGUCUGUCCACCUUUACCAUGUUCUUUAUUGGUUUGGGUGUGAUUGGUACACUGUGGUGUUAUCGUCCACCACCAGAUAAUAGAGUUAAUGUGGUUUAAGGAAAUUCGAUUUUUGUUAAAUUAAUUCUGUUUUUAUGUAAAUUUAUUUUCAUUUUUUUUAAUAUUUUUUGUUUUAUUGUUUAUUUAUAAUUUUAUAUCAUAUAUCACAUACAUAUAUACAUAUUUAUUCCAAACCCAAACAAUUGACGGCUAAAAUACCAAAAAAUCCAAAUUUUUAGUAAACUACUAGAGUUAAUAUGUUCGCACCACUCCAACGAUUCCAUUUAACUAGAGGCUGUAAAUAAUGUAGUAUACCAAAAUAUAUAUAGAAUUUAUUUUAAUUAUAGUUAUACAUAUAUGUGGAAAUGUUAUAUUUCUUUUAGAAUAUUUGUUGUAUAUUUUAUUCCAUCGAAUCUGAGAUAUCAAGGGUUGUAGUUUUAUAAUGAAAAUAUGAAUAUAUAUAUUAAGGCGUAUUGUUUUAAGUUUAUGUUUCUAAGGUUGUGUUUCAAUGAUUAGUUUUUAAGUAAGAUAACCUUAAAUUGAUAAGGAAUAUUGUGUAUAAGACCAAUAAAUAUUUUUUAUGGAUGAAA